UAUCCGACUGCUUGAGCUCGAGUUACAUAAAUACCCACUACGAGCCGCCCUUGGAGAUCAUUUAUUUGCGUUGCCGUUCGCUUGCAGCGUUCUACUGUAAUGGGUGGUCGUGGCGUCCUUCUAACCUCAAAUCUUCCUCAGUUGCAAAACCUCAUCAAACGUGAUCCAGCAGCGUACAAGGAGGAGUUCCUACAGCAAUGGAACCACUACGACAGUAUCAGACAGAUAUUUCAGUUAAAUCCUGACGAACAGGCCCAGCAUUUUCGUGAACUCGUCUCCUUUAUAUCCCAAGUUGCACAGUGUUACCCCAAGGAAACCAAAGAUUUCCCCUCCCAUCUGUCUACCCUUCUCCUCGAGAACUAUGGUACCCUCACGCCCGAUACCAGAAAAACUCUCGUUCAAAACCUUGUCAUGUUGCGCAACAAGGAUGUCAUCACAUCAAUCGAACUCCUCAAGUCCCUCUUUCCCCUUCUCCCUCGCACGACCUCCUCCAGCCUACGAACCUUCAUCCGAAAAACUAUCCUCUCUGACAUCCGUACAGCCAACCUCCGAACCAAAAAUCACAAACUAAACCGUGCUGUGCAAGCUAUGCUUUUCACCAUGGUCGAACGGGGAAUGGAUGCCGAAGUUGUUGGGGACAAGGGAAAGCUUAGAUCUGCAGGUCCCACGAGUGACAAAACCGCUAAUAAUGGGGAAGACGCUAUGUGGGCGGUGAUAUUGACAAAGGAGUUGUGGCGAAAGGGAAUAUGGGCUGACGCCAAGCCUGUGUCUAUCGUUGCGUUAGGGUGCUUCCAUCCCGUGAUGAAAGUGCAGAGUGCUUCCAUUCACUUUUUUUUGGGAAGUGACGACGAAAAGGAAGACAGUGAUGAUGAGGAAGAUGAGGGUCCCGACGUUAGAGCCCUUCACCAUCGUCGCGAAAUCAACAAAAAGACACGGGGUGGUGAUAAAAAGCUUCAGAAACAGCUCAAUGCUGCAAAGAAGAAAAAGCACAACAAAAAUGCUCCCACGACACCAAACUUCCCGGCACUUCAGCUUCUCAACGACCCGCAGACAUUUGCUGAGAAGCUGUAUGACAACCUAAGCCGCUACGACAAGCGUUUCUCACUCGAACAUAAAAUUCUCAUUAUGCAACUCCUCUCGCGGGUGAUGGGUGCUCAUAAACUUUGCGUCCUGAGCUUCUACACCUACAUUGUCAAAUACCUCACCUACCACCAACUUCGCGUCCCGUCAAUCCUUGUCGCUCUGGCGCAGUCUGUUCACGAUCUUACGCCGCCAGAUGCCUUGACCCCGGUCGUGCAGAAGCUUGCAGGCGAAUUUGUGCAUCCUGGGGUGGGAAGCGAGGUAAUUGCUGCAGGAAUCAACUCGAUUCGGGAGGUUUGUAGAAGACAACCGUGGGCAAUGGAGGAAGAUUUGUUGGGCGAUCUUGUAGAGUACAGGAAAAGUCGAGACAAGGCGGUUACAGCUGCCGCAAGAGGAUUGUUGCAGUUGUAUCGCGAAGUUAACCCUGGCAUGCUCAAACGCCGGGAGAGAGGAAAAGAUGCUAGUAUAGGCAUAAGCAAAGGUAAUCAACCACUGCCAUUUGGGCACAGUGCGGAUGCUGCAGUCGACAUCGAAGGAUUAAUGCUUCUGGAAGACCAUCUGAAGAAACUUCGCGAAGAGGAGAUGGGCAACGCAGAUAAUGACGGCGAUGACGAUGACGCAGCCGCUUGGGAGGGCUGGGAUGUCGAAACCGACUCUGAUUCUGAUUCAGAAUCAGAGUCUGAAGGGUGGAUAGAUGUUAAUUCCGACGGUGAUGACAACGUGGAAGUUAGUGAUAGUGAAGACGAGCGGGAGUCAGCGCCCAAACCGCAUGCGGAGAAAGAACUGGAGACCGAUCCUAAUCGAAUCUCGACCUUGGCCACCACUAAAAUCCUUACGCCGGCAGACUUCGCAUUGCUGAAUGACCUGCGCAUACGGGCUGCCACAAAAGCCAUUGAAUCAGGUGGUGGUUCGAGGGCAAAACGGAAGUUGGCAACCCUUGAGGCUAACAAGAAGGCCAUGCAAUCUGGGCCAUCCGACGGUACUUUCAUUUCUGAGAACGACAUCCUUGGUCCACGGAAGAAGGCUAAAGCUGACUACGCGGAACGUAUAGCGAGUAUCGAAAAGGGUCGUGAAGGGCGGGAGAAGUAUGGCUCCCUGAAGGGUAAGAAAAAUAAAGAGACGCCGAGCAGCUCCACAAAUCGCGAGAAGGCAAGGAAUAAGCCGAUCAUGAUGAUAUUGAGCAGUGGUGCAGUGCGGGGAAAGAAGAAGGCAUCCUUGAGAGAGAAGCAGCAGAAGUUGAGGGCACACAUCGAACGUGCAAAAAAAUCUUAUCACUAGUAUUCCAAUGUUGUACAGCUGCAAAUGUCGCUAAUACGAAGGCUGGACAUAG